AUGGGAGCAAGAGCUAGUAAGCUGAACAGAUUGAUCGGAGGUCGAAGGAGUAUGCGGUUUGGGGUUCCUCCGUCGACCCCGAAAGGCUAUGUUCCGGUAUGUGUAGGGGUCAACGACGAUACGAGGCGGUUCAUCGUGCACACGACCACCUUACGUGAUGCAGAUUUCCUGGAGUUGCUAUGUAAAUCAGCUGAAGAAUAUGGGUUUUGUAAUCAAGGCAUUUUGAGGAUUCCUUAUGCAGCAAAGGAUUUUGAGGAGUGGAUUAUGAUGAGAAGGGCUAAACAAAAGAUUGUUCGUGUUAGUUGA